AUGGGUUGGACACCCACAACAGAGCUAUGGUUCUUUGUGAAAAUGGCUCUAUCCUUAAUUGCUCAGGGUGCUUGCAAGUAUGGUAUCUAUGAAUUCCUUAAGAAAUACUAUUGGGAUAUAGUCGGUCCUGAGUGUGCAACAAAGUACAAGACAUUGAUCUAUCUUGCUGGUUCUGCAUCUGCUGAAGCGAUUGCAGAUGUUGCACUUUUCCCCUUUGAAGCUGUCAAAGUUAAAGUUCAGACACAGCCAGGUUUUACCAGAUCCCAUGCAAAAGAAAGUAAAUUAAAAGCAUUACAUUUGAGAGAUACAAUGAUGAAGUUUGCAACAUUUGAGAACCUGGUGGAAGUCAUGUACAAGCACAAGCAUGUCAUCCCGAAGCCAAAGAAGGAAUAGCUGGGCGUCAGUUUUGCUGGUGGAUAUAUUGCCGGUUUUUCUUGUGCUAUGCUUUCUCAUCCUGCGGAUAAUCUUGUCUUCUUUCUCAAUAAUGCUAAAGGGUCUAGCGUUGGUGAGGCAGUUCAAAAGCUUGGAUUAUGGGGUCUCUUCACAGGAGGGCUGCCUCUACGCAUAGUGAUGAUUGGAACACUCACUGCUUCUCGGUGGGCUACCUAUGAUGCAUUCUAAGUUUCUGUUGGAUUGUACAUCUUUUCUACACUCCUUCUUCGUAUUGUUAUGCAAAACACAUGUAUUAGUGUCGGUUUGACGUUUAUUAUUAUAAAAUACAUCAUUUAU